CUCCGCUAUGGUCCCUCUCGUCCUCCUCUUCCCGCUCAUCUUUUCUUCCUUUCCGCCCAUGGAACGCAUUCCUCUACCCAAAACAACACUUCCGCCUUCCUCAACUGCGACCAGACCUUCUCAUGCGGGGGCCUCCAAAACCUCUCUUACCCAUUAACCGGCGGGCAUGAUCCGUCAUACUGCGGUCCGGCGGAAUUCCACCUCAACUGCACCGACAACGGAAUUCCCGAGUUAAUUCUGGACUCAUUGAGUUACAGGAUCAUCCAACUCGACUGAAACAUACAGAGCAUGACGCUUUCCCGCUCGGACCUGUACAACAACACAUGUACCCACGAAUUGGCUAACACCAGUCUGAGUUCCCCUUUAUUCAAUCUCAGCCCAGACAACCAAAACCUCUCGCUGUUCCAUGAGUGUACUUCGGUCCAGGCGUAUACCCCGGAGAACCUGUUCUGGUGUGGAGAUGGGAAUUCUAGUAGUCCUGCGUGCCAUUUUGCAAGGUCUACUCUCAGGGAAGCUUUAAUGGAGGGGUUUAGCGUGAAUUAUACUACUCCAAAUGCGGACGAUUGCGCUAGGUGUUGUGAUUCGGGUGGGGAGUCUGGGUUUUUGGAUCAGUUUGUUUGCACUUGUGGUGAUCGAAUUUGUGACGUAGCAGGGAAAUCAAAGAUUAAAGCUUUUCCAAUCAUAGGAUUGGCAGUAGCUGUAGCUACCAUUAUAGCAAUCAUUUUUAUAGUGCUCCUUGUCAGGCUUAAAGCAAAAUCAUUGUCAAGUUUGAAGUCUCUAUACUUCCAUCUAACUGGCAAGAACAAUGAAAGAGUUGAGGCAUUCAUUCUUCGGUAUGGUUCUCUUGCUCCCAAGAGAUUUUCCUAUUCAGACAUCAAGAAAAUAACCAACUCAUUCAAAGAAAAAUUGGGUCAAGGAGGAUAUGGCAGCGUAUAUAAAGGAGAAUUACCUGAUGGCCGUAUUGUGGCAGUAAAAGUACUCAGUAAAUCCAAAGGUGACGGACAGGAUUUCAUCAAUGAAGUUGCUAGCAUUAGCAGAACCUCCCAUGUUAAUAUAGUCACCCUAUUGGGGUUCUGUUAUGAGAGGUCAAAAAGAGCUUUGAUUUAUGAAUUCAUGCCCAAUGGAUCUCUGGAUAAGUUCAUCUGUAAUCAAGGAUCUCUAGAGAACCAGCAGCUUGCAAUUAAGACCUUGUAUGAGAUUGCACUAGGCAUUGGUCAAGGACUAGAAUACUUGCAUCGAGGUUGUAGCACAAGGAUUUUACACUUUGACAUAAAACCUCAAAACAUCCUCUUAGAUGCCAACUUUUGUCCUAAGAUAUCUGAUUUUGGUCUUGCUAAAUUAUGUGAAACAAGAGAUACUAUUGUUUCAAUGACGGGGGCUAGAGGAACUUGUGGAUAUAUUGCUCCAGAGGUAUUUUGUCGAAGCUUUGGAGGAGUAUCUUACAAGUCUGAUGUGUAUAGCUAUGGCAUGAUGAUCCUAGAAAUGGUUGGGGGAAGAAGAAAAAAUGUUACUGUGGAAGUGUCUCAUUCCAGUGAAAUGUAUUUUCCAACAUGGCUGUAUAAGCAGCUUGGAAAAUCUGAAAAAUUAAAUCUUGACAGAAUCAUAGCUGAUGAGGAAGAAGAAAUGACUAGGAAGAUGAUAGUAGUGAGCCUUUGGUGCAUUCAAACAAUUCCAUCAAACCGACCAUCAAUGAGUAAGGUGCUUGAGAUGUUACAAGGAAGCCUCGAAGCUUUGCCACUUCCACCAGAACCCUUGUUGUCUUCUCCUGCAGCAAUAUCACUCCAAAACUCCAACACCACAUCCUCAGUCAUAAUGCAGGGGGUUCCAAGCACUUUUGAGACGAAGUCACAACCUGAUGAUGAUGACGUAUAUUCAAACACAUAGAAAUGCUGUCUGCUGCAUUUUUUUUAACAGAAAAACAAAGUUUUGUUAUAAGAAGUCAAACAUCCCCUUAGAUGGUAUUCAAAAGUUCAGCAGAGUUUUCCCUGUAUUUUCUUAAUCCUCUAGUCUUCAUCUUCAAUGUGUAACACUCAAUGGACCGCUGUGAAAUCAUCCCCAUUCUCUAUGAAUAACACUCCUUUGGUUUGUUCAUCCAAUCAGUCAAAGAAAAACAGCAAUUUUUUUCUCUUGUGAGCCAAAACUAGUUCCUCAACUAAUGAGCAUCUGUUCUUUUAGUGCCAACAUACAAAACAGAUCUGGCAAAAUAUUUGCAAUAUAGCAGGAAUACCUCUGCUUUGUUCUUGGCAGAAUCUGAUUGCUUGGAUGGGUAAGAAGAUUAAAAAAAAGACCCUUUACUGCACUCUAAUUAAAUUAGCAUGGAAUG